AUGUCGGACGAGGAAAGAGAAAUCGUUAACCACGAAGAAGAUCAUUCGGGGUCGGAAGGAGAAGGAGAAGGAGAAGAUGUCACUCGAGACUCGGUCACAGACUCUUCUGAAGAGGAGGACGAUGAUGACAACGAAGAAGAAAUUCAAAAAGUUCGUGAAGGUUUCAUAGUUGAUGAUGAAGAUGAGGAAAUAGAAUCAACAAAGAAAAGAAGGCACAAGAAAAGAAAAAGAGAAAGAGAACGUCCAGAGCAAAACGAUGCUUUAGAUGAGGACGAUCUCGAGUUGCUAUUGGAGAACUCUGGAGUUAAACCGAGGGGUCAGGGGAAUAAGCUCAAAAGGUUAAAGAGAAAAACCUCAGAAGAGGACCAAGAUUCACAAGUUGAUGUGCCAAAGGAACACGACCGUCAAUCGAGGACAUCGCCAGCGGUACCAGACAUCUUUGCCGAUGAUGACGAAGAGGAGGAGGAAUUGGGCGAAGGCUUGAUUGACCAUGACGAAGAUAGAGGAGCCAUACCUCGGGAUAGAUCAAACAUGUUGGAUGAAUUCGAGGACUUCAUUGAAGAAGAUGAAUUGUCAGACGAAGAUGAGGAAAUGAGAAAACAAAGACAACUUGAAAGACAGAGGGUGAAACAAAGAGGUCCAAAGCUUGAUACCUCCAAAUUGUCGAACGUUGACCGUAAGAGUUUGCAGGAGUUGUUUGAAGUGUUUGGUGAUGGCCGUGAAUACGAAUGGGCAUUGGAAGCGCAAGAGGAUGAAGAUUUGGGUGCCGCAGGUAAUGAAGACCCUACAUCUUUGGACGAAGUAUUUGAGCACUCAGAGUUGAAAGAACGAAUGUUGACGGAAGAGGAUAACUUGAUUCGUAUCAUUGAUAUUCCAGAACGUUUCCAAAAGUACAGGUCUUCUUUAACUUAUAUUGACUUGAAUGACGAGGAGUUGGAACUUGAAAAAAAAUGGGUUGCCGAUGCCAUGUUGCAAGAAAGAAAGGCAUUUCAAGGUGGGGUUUUGGAGAAACCUUUCAAAAAUGCAGUUGGUACAAUCGUAGAGUAUGUGUCCAAAAAUUCCUAUGAAGUGCCGUUCAUAUGGUCACACAAAAGAGACGACUUGUUGUACUCUGCCUCUGCCGAUGGUACAGGUGUACACAAAUUAUUAUUUGAGGAUGAUUUGUGGAGAAUCGUCAAGUUGGAUAUUGAGUAUCAUUCUCUUUAUGAGAAACGGUUAAACAUGGAAAAAUUGAUUGAGGAAUUGGGUAUUGACGAUGACUUGACCAGAGAUAUAAAGUCAUUGAACACGAUGGUGGCUGUCCAAGACACUCAAGAUUACAUCAAUUUCAACUAUGCUAAACAAAUUCAAGCUUUGUCCAACAAAGAGAGCAACGAAGAUGAAGACUCAGAGGAGAGAAGAGCCAAAACAACAAACAAGGGCAAGAAACAUUCAAAGUAUGCAUUAUUUGAUAGAAUCAAAUCGAAUAUUUUGUACGAUGGUGUGGAAGCGUAUGGUAUCACUGCCAAACAAUUUGGAGAAAACGUGCAAGACCAAAGCUCUCAAGGCUUCAACAUUACUUAUAGAAUUCAUGCCACUGAUGACUCCCAUGAGCCACCAGAUUUCUUGAUCAACAAAUUGGUUGAUGAUGAAGAGGCGUUGUUUAGAGAUCAAAAGACAGCCAAGGAUGCAAUCAGACGUACAUUUGCGGAUGAGAUUUUCCACAAUCCGAAAAUUAGACAUGAAGUGAGAUCUACGUUUGCGUCUUUUGCUUCAAUCAGUGUUUCAAUUACUGAAAAGGGGAGAAACACUAUUGAUAAUUACAGCCCCUAUGCUGACAUAAAGUAUGCAAUCAAUCGAUUCCCAUCAGAACUUGUUCAGACACCUGAUGUAUUUUUGAGAAUGCUAGAGGCUGAACAAUUAGGUUUAGCUGUGAUUACCGUUGAGCCAAGAGAUUUCGAAAAUUGGUUCCAAAGUAUUUUCAACUGUUUGAAAUCGGAUGGAUCUUCAGAAGUUUCCGAUCAAUGGAACAAGGAGAGGGAGAUUGUUUUGAGAUUGGCAUUUAAAAAAUUGUGUGCAAUGGUUGCAUUGAAUACCAAAGAAGACUUGAGACGAGAGUGUGAGAGGUUGAUUGCUCUGGAGGUACGCACGAAAUUUCUUGCUAAGCUCGAUCAAGCUCCUUUUACGCCAUAUGGUUAUGACAAGGGUACCAAGUCAAAUGUUUUAGUUUUGACUUUUGGUAAAGGAGAUUAUGACAGUGCCGUUGUUGGUGUAUUUGUUAAAGAUUCAGGCAAAGUGCAGGACUUUUUUAAAUCUGAUACCAAUCCAAUUAGAGACUUGGAAAGUGAAGAGACCUUUAGUGGACAAUUGAAGGAGUUUUUCGAUAAAAAUUUGAAAGUUGACAAACCAGAUGUGUUGGUAAUUUCAGGUUUCAAUGCCAACAGUAAAAGAUUAUACGACAUUGUGACGAAAUUUGUUACGGAAAAUGGCAUAACUGUGAAUGUUGACGAGAUUGAGAAACCUGAGAAGAUACCAUUGAUUAAUGUCAUUUGGGGUCCUGACGAAACUGCGAGAUUGUAUCAAAACUCAGAAAGAGCCAAGUUGGAAUUUCCUGACAAACCUCAAUUGGUUAGGUAUGCGGUUGGGGUAGCCAAGUAUAUUCAGGACCCACUUUUGGAAUAUGUAUCUUUGGGUGAAGACAUUCUAUCACUUUCUUUCCACGAACAUCAAAAGCUUAUCUCCAAUGACUUGGUAAAUGAGGCGUUAGAAUCAGCAUUCGUUGACAUUGUUAACGUAACUGGUGUUGACAUCAACGUUGCCGUUCGUGAUUCGUAUAUUGCUCAGACAUUGCAAUACGUCGCUGGUCUCGGUCCACGUAAAGCUUCUGGGUUGGUUAGAAAUAUCAUCAACAACUUGAACUCCACUUUGGUUUCGAGGAGUGAUUUAAUUCAAGAGGGAUUGAUGACUGCAAAUGUUUUUGUUAAUUGUGCUUCUUUCUUGUACAUUCCUGUUGAGAAUGUAGUCGACUCGCUCUCGGAUUCAGUUGAAUUGUUGGAUGCCACAAGGAUUCAUCCACAGGAAUAUGAUAUGGCGAGAAAAAUUGCUACAGAUGCCAUUGAUAUGGAUUUGGAGGAUUUUGAUGGAGACGCAACCUCUGCCAUUCAAAAUUUGUAUAAUGACGAUGUCACCAAGGUUAAUGAUUUGGAUCUUGUUGGGUAUGGUAAAGAAUUGUAUGAAAAGCUGGGCAGGAAGAGUUUUACAACUUUGUUGAUGAUCAAGGAUGAAUUGAUCAAUAACUACGAGGAAUUGAGAAAGAGAUUCAGGAUUAUGGAUGAUGUUGAAGUAUUCACCAUGUUGACAGGAGAGACGCGUAAAUCAUUUGGUCGUGGUCUGAUUGUUCCCCUCACCAUUGUCAAGGUUGGGAAAAACUAUCGUGAUCCAACCUCGAGAAUUAGAUUUGCUAAAGGUGUUACAUCAUCCAUGGUUCAGGCCAACAUUGAGGAGGAUAAGAUCCCCAGUGAUUUGGAUCUUGUUCAAGGGCAAGUGGUGCAAGCUGUUGUGUUUGAGGUUUUUUAUGAGUCGUUCACAUCAGUGAUGAGUUUGUUGAGAGAGGAUAUAAAACGUGCAUCAACGCCGCGUAUAGUCAAGGAGGGAAACAAAUGGAAUUUCCGAGCUGAAGAAGAUGAUUGGAGAAGAGAGAAGGAAAAGGAAAAAGCUCAACUUGCCAAGACUAGAAAUAUCCAGCAUCCAUUAUAUCGAAGUUUUAAUUAUAAACAAGCGGAGGAGUUUUUGGCUCCUCAAAACUUGGGAGACUGUGUUAUUCGUCCAUCAUCAAAGGGUCCUAAGUAUCUCACCAUCACUUGGAAGGUUGGAAACAAUUUGUUCCAACAUCUUUCAGUGGAAGAACGUACAAGAGGCAAAUUUAAAGAAUACGUUGUUGAUGGUAAAACCUAUUCCGAUUUGGAUCAAUUGAUUUUCCAACACAUUCAAGCUAUUUCAAGAAAGGUAAAUGAGAUGGUUCAUCAUCCUAAAUUCAGAGCAGGGACAAUGUCAGAAGUUACUGAAUGGUUGGAAUCGUAUACCAAGGCAAAUCCAAAAAACUCGGCAUACAUUUUCUGUUAUGAUCACAAGAAUCCAGGUUACUUUUUAUUAUUGUUCAAGGUCAAUGUUGACACCCCAAUCAAGACUUGGCAUGUUCGUACCGAAACUGAUGGUUACGCAUUGAAGAACUUUUUGUAUACUUCAAUGACUAAAUUGUGCAAUGGAUUCAAACAAGUGUUUAAGACUUAUUCCAACCCCCUGAACCAACCAGCUCCAUCUACAGGAUAUGGUUACAAUGGAUAUUAA